AUGCCCAGCCCAGCGAGCGCCGAGCGGCUGGGCGCCCCGGGACAGGCGGGCGGGCGGGCGGCGGCUGCCCUCCCUCGCGGCAGCGGCGGGGCCAGCCGGGGGCCGGGGGUCGGUCGGCUCCUCGGCCCCGCGGGGUCCCCCCUCCGCCGGCUCCUCUCGCCUCCCCCGAGUCACUCGCCGGGCUCCGCGCAGCUUCCAGCCGCCUCCGGGGCCACCCCAGCCGGCCGCCGGCUGCCGUCAGAUGCCAUCGCAGCGCGGCUCCCGGGGCAUGGUGCGCGGCGGGGGCCGGCAGCCGCGUGUCCUGCCCCCGGGCGCUCUCCGGGACCAGCCGCUCCGGAGAAGCGGCCCCCCCCCCAAAAAAAAAACCCAAAAAACGCCCCCCCGGCCGACGGCGGCAGCAGCCCGCGGGGAGCCGAUGCACACGGCUGCCCUGCGGCCCCCAGCCCGGGGCCCCCUCCCCAGGCAGCGGCCGGGGCUGGGGAUCCGCGGGGCGAGCAGCGCGGGCGGGCGGCCGGGAACAACGCAGCAGCCGCCGCCGCCCGGGGCCACGCACCUGCCCCAGCCCUGCCCGGGGAUGCAGCGUCCGGCAGCGGCCGGGCUCGGCGCGUGUGUGAGCGGCGAGGGGCGGCCGGGGCGGUCACGUUGCGCUCUGCGUGCGGGGAGCCGGGGCUGGGGAGCCGCAGCCCGGCGACGUCAAAGCCUGCGUGGCUCGGCUGCCUGCCGGCCCGCCUGCCCGCCCCCUCCUCCGCCCCCUUCCCCGCGCCGGCGCCGAGCUGCGGGGGGGGGGGGCCCGGCCGCCCCAGCCCAGGGGCAGGCCCGCCGAGCCCCCCUCGCACGUGGGGAGGCCGGAUCGCAGCCGGGGGCGGAGGGGACCCUCCUGCCCCUACGCCCCCGCCCCCGGCUUGA